AUGUUCCGGGUAUCAUUUCCAGCAUUCUAUGCCAAGUAUGAAGCUGCCUUUCUCACUGGCCGUUGGACAGUAACUGAUCCAGGGCCCCUCCUUGGAAGAGUCUUGAUGUGGAAACUACAAGUCAUGCCCCAUCAGGACUUGUUGCACAUGACGGAACAAAGCUCAGGCAACUCACCUCGGGCAUUCAAGCAUGGCCUUAUCUGGUGGAAGAUUAUGAUCCAUGGAUUCAUAGAUGGCUACUCCCAAUAUAUUACCGGCCUUCGCGCACAUAAUAAUAAUCAUGCACAAACUGUCUUGGAACUUUUUCAAGAUAUAAGUGGUAAGACUCAAAGAUAUGCAGUCUAG